GACGUCGUUCUGGGAAAGGAGGUAGUUCGGAGUUACGCUAGCUACCUAGCUAGCUAGUUAGUUGUUGUUAGUAUCGUCGGUAGUCAACAUUUCAAAUUCCCGUUCCAAACCUUCCAUGUCUGAACCCAAGUCUCAGGGGUCUGGCUGUGGUGUUCCAGUCCAGAGAACCUCAAAGCAGGGUCCAGAGAUGGUCUCAGUGAAGCUGGAGGAUUGCAGUCAAACACUGGAACUCAAUGUGAUAGUCAAAGAGGAGCCAGAAGCUCUAGAGGAAGAGAUGGCAGUCAAAGAGGAGGAGGAGAGAGCAGUCAAAGAGGAGGUGGAGGAGGAGAGAGCAGUCAAAGAGGAGGUGGAGGAGGAGAGAGCAGUCAAAGAGGAGGCGGAGGAGAGAGCAAUCAAAGAAGAAGAAGAAGAGGAGGUGGAGGAGGAGAGAGCAGUCAAAGAGGAGGAGGAGAGAGCAGUCAAAGAGGAGGAGGCAGAGAACAGAGAUGUGUCUGCUCCAGAUCUAGAGGAAGAGGAGGAAGAAGUAGAUAGUAUCACUGACCCAGGAGAGAGCUCCAGGCCAGGUUCAGACAGUGAGCCCAGUUCCACAGCAUCAGGAAACUAUAAACAACACAGACAGAGGACCUCAAGACAGAAACAUCACCACUGCAUGGACUGCUUCAAUAGUUUCUAUGAUCCAGAGGAGUUUAGAAGACACACUUGUAGACCCCAUCCCUGUUCAGAUUGCAGAGACAGUUUUGUGUGUCCAACUCACCUCAUACCACACAAAAAGACCCUCAAAAGGAAGAAAACAUACACGUGUGGUCAAUGUGGGAAGAGAUUUCAGACACCAAGCAGCUUGAAGACGCACCAGCUUACUCACACAGGAAAUAAGUUGUACCACUGCUCCCAAUGUAGGAAGACUUUCAGCUGUUCGUUCAAUUUGAAGAGGCAUCAGAGAAUACAUACAGGAGAGAAGCCUUUCCACUGCUUCCAAUGUGGGAAGCGCUUCUGUAUGGAAGGACAGCUAAACGAACACAAGAGAAUACACACAGGAGAGAAGCCGUACCACUGCUUUCAGUGUGGGAAGAGCUUUGGUCGGGCAGGAGCUCUAAAGGCACACCAGCUAAUUCACACAGGAGAGAAGCCGUACCACUGCUCUCAGUGUGGUAAGAGCUUCAGUCAGGCAGGACACCUGAAGACACACCAUCGAACUCACUCGGGAGAGAAGCCGUACCACUGCUCUGUUUGUGGGAUGAGUUUUCCUCUUUUACAGACCUUAAAUAGACACCAGCUUACUCACACAAGAAAGAUGCCUUAUCACUGCUCCCAGUGUGAGAAGAGCUUCAGUCAAACAGGAAGCCUGAGGGCACACCAGUUAACUCACACAGUAGAAAAGCCUUACCACUGCCUUCAAUGUGGAAAGAGUUUCAGUCAUUCAUCAAAUGUGACAGCCCACCAGUUAACUCACACAGGAGAGAAGAAUUACCACUGCACUCAGUGUGGGAAGAGCUUCAGUCUGGCAAGAUACCUGAAGAAACAUUGUCAAACUCACACAGGAGAGAAGCCUUACCACUGCCCUCAAUGUGGGAAGAGUUUCCGUCAGUCAUCACAUCUGAGGGCACACAAGUUAACUCACACAGGAGAGAAGCCCUGUACCACUUCUCUCAGUGUGGGAAGACCUUCAGGCAGACAGCAGACUUAAAGAGACACCAGCGUUUAUAGCCCGAUCUACAGGCUCCCAAUCAGACUCUACAGGCUGUGGGGGCUGCCGCGGUAGGUUUCUCCACUCUACAGGCUGUGGGGGCUGCCACGGUAGCUUUUUCCACUCUACAGGCUGUGGGGGCUGCCGCGGUAGCUUUCUCCACUCUACAGGCUGUGGGGGCUGCCGCGGUAGCUUUCUCCACUCUACAGGCUGUGGGGGCUGCCGCGGUAGCUUUCUCCACUCUACAGGCUGUGGGGGCUGCCGCGGUAGCUUUCUCCACUCUACAGGCUGUGGGGGCUGCCGCGGUAGCUUUCUCCACUCUACAGGCUGUGGGGGCUGCCGCGGUAGCUUUCUCCACUCUACAGGCUGUGGGGGCUGCCGCGGUAGCUUUCUCCACUCUACAGGCUCUUACGACAUCACAAUAAUUUAACAUGUUGAAUGUAUUGGGCCUCAAGUCAGCCGUCAUCGCUGAGUGUGAGCAGUGCUCAGAGCACUUAUGAGGCACGUCCCACCGUCAGCCAAUCAGCUCUCAGAACUAUAAAGGUUCUCUACCACACAAGUUAAUAACAAUGGCACCAAAAAAAAGGAAACAAGGCAGGAUGUCCUCUGUUCCUAUGGUAACUCGGUAGCUAGCUCAUGCUCUUCAAGGACUUUGUGACUGUGUUAUCUAGUGGGAAGCCGUUAUGUUGUGUUCUAACUGGACUCCAGUAGUUGGGCUCUAGCAUAUACUGACCAUAACUGUGCUUGUUGGCUAGGCUAAUAGCUAAUGUUAUUUGGCUAAUAGCUAAUGUUAUUUGGCUAAUAGCUAACGUUAGCUGGCUAAAUAGCUAACGUUAGCUGGCUGACUCGCUUACUGGCUAGGAUAACUGCAUAUAGCUAACAUUUUCUGAUAAUUGGUUAGAUGGCAGGGCUGUGCGGUAUACCGUAUUUUACUAUAUACUGAUAUUGAUGCACGGACCAGUUUGGGUUUUUACUUUACCUUCUAUGUCGGCCGUCAUUGUAAAUAAGAAUUCGUUUUUAAUGGACUUGCCUAGUUAAAAAAUAAAAUAAAAAUAAAAAAAUGUUAAAAUAUAACGGUAUUUGCUCUCCCUCGCUCUCUCUGCUCUCUCUCUCUGCUCUCCCUCGCUCUCUCUGCUCUCUCUCUCUGCUCUCCCUCUCUCUGCUCUCCCUCUCUCUCUCUGCUCUCUCCCUCUCUCUCUAUGCCGCUUUCCACACAGACCUUGCCCCGCCCCCUGCCACUCAAGGAGCCCAUAUGUUGUUUCUGGACCUCCAGACACGUGUGUUCAGUCUGCAUGGUCAAUGCAGCACAUGCAACAAUAUCAAUACACUAGCCUUCUAGAAUUUACCCUUCUGUUUCUUACAUCUGCAAACAGCUAGUUUGUCUUUUCUAAGGGAGUUGUUCUGUAUCGUGUUAGCCGCUAGCUAGAUAAUAGAUGUACUGAGUCAGAGCAAACGUAGCUAGCUAAUACAGCCUGAUACCAGUGAUGGUGGAGGCCUAAAUCAGCAUGUUGUUUGUGAAACAGUAUCUUCUAAACCAAUAAGAUCAGGAGAAGCAUGAAUAUGUUAGCUAUAUGAGGUAGCUCCUCCCUGGCAUUUUCAUUUGUUGUCAUGCCAACCAACACUGUGUUCAAAAUGCCCACUUAUUUAUAUUCUGACUAUAGAAUUCAAAUAAUUAUUCUAUUUCCAUGAUUUCAACGGUAGCUAGUUGAUACAGUGUUUUGAUCUAAAUUAGAAGUCAAAUCGCAAUUGCAACAUUUGGUAAAAAAAAAAGGCCUUGAUUUUUUUGGGUGGCCAAUAUCGUGCAGCCCUGCGUGGCAGUGUGAAAAUUAUCGCAAAUGAGUGCAGGAAAUGAAGAAAUUGAUGGAAAUGUAGGAAAUUGUAUUUGGUUCAAGUUGAAUUGUACAAAAUAAAACAAUAAGAAUGGAGAAAGAAUUUUGUAUUAUUCAUCAACCUAAACUCCCGUCAAAUACCGUCCUCCCGGGAUAUUAUAUAUUUGGGCCAUAUCGCCCAGCCCUAUUAGAUGGUGUUAUGUAUUAGCAAAACGUUGGUUUACUUUAAUGUAGCUGUAAGCUGGGUCUUGAUAGCAACUGGCUGACUCAUUAGUGCUAACGUAACAGCAGAGGGGUCCUUCUCCUCUUUUGCUCAUCUCACACCUCUAGUCUACAUCAAACCCCUCCCAUCACAAAGCUCCUCCCAUCAGCUCAAAGGCGGGAAGUUUAACCCAGUGGUCCACAGACGGCCGGCUGGAGACAUGGACACAGCAGAGUUCUGACGAAGAGUGACGAUAACUACAACACAGCCACGCAAACGUGCCUCAAACGCUCAUAUUUCCUCAAGCAAACCUCGUAAACAGUCUGAAAAUGAUCUGGUUAAAAGUGUUUGUGUGUAAUAAGAUAACAUUUUAGAAUGUGUGUGAUUUCUGCUUUUCUGACAGUGAACAGGUAUUACCCUCAGGUGUCCAUGGGAAAGUGUACUGUUUGGUAUCUGUGAGAUCUUAGUCUUCACACCGGCGGUGACAGUGAACAGGUAUUACCCUCGGGUGUCCAUGGGAAAGUACAAAGUACCCUCCAUUAAUGUGGACAGUUGAUUAACUCGUGCCCUGCCAUGAGUCAAAGGUCAAUGCAGGCGAUGAAUGCUAUUUCCUCACCUGAGCCAAUCACAGCUCUCCUGACGGAAGGCUUCACCUCAUCCUGUCCAGGACUAUAGACUGAAUGUGUGAAUACUACUCAUUGUGUUCCCACGGUGACCAGGACUAUAAAAUGAAUGUGUGAAUACCACUCAUUGUGUUCCCACGGUUUCCAGGACUAUAAACUGAUUGUGUGAAUACCACUCAUUGUGUUCCCACGGUGACCAGGACUAUAGACUGAAUGUGUGAAUACCACUCAUUGUGUUCCCACGGUGACUAGGACUAUAAACUGAUUGUGUGAAUACCACUCAUUGUGUUCCCACAGUGACCAGGACUAUAGACUGAAUGUGUGAAUACCACUCAUUGUGUUCCCACGGUGACCAGGACUAUAAACUGAUUGUGUUCCCACGGUGACCAGGACUAUAAACUGAAUGUGUGAAUACCAUUCAUUGUGUUCCCACAGUGACCAGGACUAUAAACUGAAUGUGUGAAUACCAUUCAUUGUGUUCCCACAGUGACCAGGACUAUAAACUGAAUGUGUGAAUACCACUCAUUGUGUUCCCACGGUGACCAGGACUAUAGACUGAAUGUGUGAAUACCACUCAUUGUGUUCCCACGGUGACCAGGACUAUAGACUGAAUGUGUGAAUACCACUCAUUGUGUUCCCACGGUGACCAGGACUAUAGACUGAAUGUGUGAAUACCACUCAUUGUGUUCCCACGGUGACCAGGACUAUAAACUGAUUGUGUUCCCACAGUGACCAGGACUAUAAACUGAAUGUGUGAAUACCACUCAUUGUGUUCCCACGGUGACCAGGACUGCGAGCGUUUUAUUGUGAGCGUGUAACCUGUAGGCUAUGAUACUUAUCUUAUUACUAUCUAUAUUUCUAUAUCUAUAUUAUAAUCCCUGCCUUGUUUCAUUCUGAAGUAUCAAUGUAACUGGUUGAAGUGGAUUGUGUGUGUGUGCUGCACA